CCCAAAGCCCACCAACUUGUGCGUGUGCGCGUCCCCGUCGCCGGCGACCACCACCAUGUGCGCCGCCGCCGCCACCGCGGGGAUCAUAUCGUCGCCUUCAGCUAGUCCCCUCCACGCGAACACCAGAGCUUCCUUCGUCGUGUCCUUCCCGCGGCGAUCCCCUCCCGCAGCCACCCUCCUCUCGGUCUCCUCCGCCGUAGCACCCGCCCCGCCGUCCGCCAACCCGAAGUACCACAACGCGAAGGUGGACGCGGGCGACGAGGAGGUGGACGGGGAGGAGAUGCUGCUGCGGUUUAGGCGGGAGGUGGCGCGCGCCGGCGUCAUGGAGGAGAUCAGGCGGCGGCGGAGGCACGAGGACGCCCGGGACAAGCGCAAGCGCAAGUCCCGCAACGCGGCCCGGAGGUUUCGCCGGAGGCCUUUCAAGGGUCCAUAUCCAUUUGAUGAGGAGCAGGAACCAAAGGAGGGAAUCAUGGAUGAUGAUAAGCAUGACAAUUGGGAGCUUCCUGGAGGAGAGCUCCCUUCUUACAGAUGAACCAAGAAAAGACACUGAUGCUUUUUUGUCUGAUGAAGCGUUUCGACGCUUCAACUUCAGUUCUUCUUUCAUCGAUGAUAGCAGCAGCAGUAGUAGAGCAAACCUUACCCAACACACUCCUAGUUGAUCUGUGACCAAGAUGUAGUGAACCUCCAUUCUGGGUGUGAAGUAUAGUUGCUAGGUUCGAAAAUACGUAGUCUGAAUAUCUGAUUCAUCUGUUGUGUGUUAAUCUCCAACUUGCUUCAGGUGCCUUGUUUUCUGUCUGCUUAACUUAGCUCGUGACUUGCAAACUGCACUGCAGUGAUAUAUGUUACUCGUACUUUUUUUUUUCACAUUAUAAGAUAUUUAAGCCCUCACUA